AUGCCACCCUCCUUCCUCCGCAAGAAGCCGCGCCACUCAAACCAGACCCUCGCCCCCAAGAACCCCCCCGCCAUCCGCCACUCUCUCUCACUCCCCGACCUUACCACCCCCCUCAUCGACACAUCAAGCUGGGAGGAGGUGCCUCCAUUCACCUUCUCCUCCGCCCAGGGCGAUUCCCCCGUCUCCCCUCGCGGCCCAGGAUCCCCAGUGAGCCCCGUCUGUCGGUCUUCCGGGACCAGGAACCGAAAGCCGAGCAUGGUCGGCGGCCGCGGCGGAGAAGUGCAGUUCCAUCGCCCUUUUACGCCAAAGCUGGUGAUCAACUCGAGCCCGCACAACGUGUCCUGGGGUGGCGACUUUCGGGUCAGUGCAGCGCAGUGGGGGAGAGAUGCGUCUGGCAAACACGCGGGACAGGCGCAAGGACAAGGGCUGGGGAGGCCAGAUGUGAGACAAAGUAUGGCGAGUGUUGCGAGCAGGCGCAAGUCGAGGAAGAAGGGGGCAGCGGAAAAGAUGAACGUUGUCGUUGCCGGUGGAAAGGAUGUGGGCAAGACAUCGCAAGUUGCAAAUCUCAUUCACGACUAUCGCAUCCUCUUACGCCUGAUUGACACUCCGGGUCUCGAACUGUGUCCCGAUGAAGAUCUUGUCGGAGGUAUUGCUGCCGAAACAGCUCUCGGGCACGGUGUAGGUGUGAAAGGCAAGGAGAGGGAGAGAGGCGUGAAGGGGCUCUUGAGGAUAUUGGAAGAGAGAUUCAAGUAUACAUUGAGGGAAGAGAGCAAGGUUCAAAGACGCGUCGGAGCCGAUGAAGGUCUCGUUCAUCUAGUGAUCUAUCUGAUAGAUGCCAGAGAAGUCUUACGCCCAGAAGAAGCUCGAAAACCCACCCAAGAGGUCGACUGGUCGUGUGUGGGUCUCUUUGACGACGAGGGCCUGCAAGAUCCCGAUCACGAGCAGACUGAUACCGAGACCAGUACAUUCGGGCCAAACUUGUCCAGCAUUGAGAUCGAUAUUAUUGAUCGUCUUUCAAUACGGGCCAAUGUGUUGCCCAUCAUUUCUCGCACAGACACCCUGACGGUAUCCGAGCUCGAAGCUGUCAAGGCUGCCGUUCAACGUGAUCUUUCUGCUGCCUUUUCCAAGACACCAGGUAGAGGCUUCGGUGUGUUUGGAAGCGAUGAAGAGAGCCUGUCUGACUCAACCAACAUCAAGGAAGAGGAUAUGGAAGUCGAUCAACCCGACCCUCGACCUCCCACACCGAACUCCAUCCACUCGGCUGCCUCCUUAUCUGCUCCAGGAUUACCCUGGUCCAUUUUCAUACCCUCCCCGAGCGUUUCCGGUGGUCCUGAAGUGACAGCAGGCGUCCGGCAAUUCCCCUGGGGUACCGCUACAGUGCUUGAGCCAGAGCACUCGCAUUUCGGCCUGUUGCUAGACAACAUUCUUGGGGAUUACACCAAGGUGUUGAGGAACAGGACUAGAGAGGUGUUGUACGAGAACUAUAGGACUGAGAGAUUGUUGGCCAAGUCUCAAGGCAACUAG